GAAGGAGAGGGCGAGACUCGAGUUGGAGAAACUGCGGAGAGGCGGGGGAGGAGCAGAGGGAGGCGCGCGCGCCGCAUGAAAAUGGCUGCGGUGGCUUCGCUGACCUGUCCGGACGGUGUCCUCGAAGGGUCCAACUUCCACAAAAGCGAAGCGUGAGAGGAAGAGGCCCAUUUUAAAAAACAAACCCAUAGAGAGAGAGAGAGAGAAGUUGCUUCGAGGGCGAUGUCCGCGAGGAGGAGGAGGAGGAGGAAUCGGCCGGAGUCGGGGGGCGCGGCGGGGCCGUUGCCGAGGGCGACCGCCGUCAUCGCUACUACUACCACGGAGGCUCGGGGCCUACACCGCCUGGGCUAAGCCCGGGCGGAAGAGCGGGGAAGACGAGGAGGAGCGCGGCGGCGGCGGUGGUGGUGGUGGGGCUGCCGGAGCCGGAGCUUCCGCCGCCCGGGAGCAUGGGAAUCCUCUUCACCCGGAUAUGGAGGCUCUUUAACCACCAGGAGCACAAAGUGAUCAUUGUUGGACUUGAUAAUGCAGGAAAAACAACCAUUCUUUAUCAAUUAGGAUAUUUGGAUACUUACAGCGUGUUGUCAGAAGGCCAUGAAGAUGCUGGCAGUCCUAUGAGCAGAUGGUACUCAGUGUUUGUGAUAGUUGUUGUGGAUAGCACAGACAGAGAGAGAAUUUCCGUAACUAAAGAAGAACUUUAUAAAAUGUUAGCACACGAGGACUUGAAGAAAGCUGGUUUGCUCAUUUUUGCUAACAAACAGGAUGUUAAAGACUGCAUGACAGUAGCUGAAAUUUCUCAGUUUCUGAAGCUAACUUCAGUUAAAGAUCACCAGUGGCACAUCCAAGCUUGCUGUGCUCUUACUGGAGAAGGAUUGUGCCAAGGACUUGAAUGGAUGAUGUCAAGACUAAAGAUCAGAUGAUUCUUACUCUACACAGACAUUGCACAAAAGUGCUGGAUGUUUCCUUAUCUUGACAGCUGUGAAUUAAUGGCUCAUGUGUAUUUAUAAAACCAAAACUGAAGUUUACUUCCUUUGCUACUAAGCACACUAAAGCCUCCUCCUAUGGAAAGAAAACAAUUAAAAGUUAGAACUUGGCUUCCCAAUGCUUCCUCUGAGGUGGAGUUAAAAUACUUCAGCUGACUUUAAUUUUAAAGUGAAAUUACUUGUGACUGUUUAAUAAAUAAUGUGUGGGAUGAAAAAGAAAGGGGAGGAAUUUUAACUUUUACAUUUUAUUAUUCCAGUCUGACUCGAGUUGAAAACAUUGACUUUAUUUCAGCAAAUCAAAAAAGAAAAUCAGUGGCACAGGUAUUGACUUUCCAGUAUUGAAACUUAGAUGUGUUCCAGAUGUACAAAAAUUUUCCUAUAUGUGUUCUCUACAUUUUGUAUAUUUAUACCUCAUGCUAAAGUCCAUUAACAUCUGUACAGGGAAGCAGUAAAUAUCACUGACUUUGCCAGUACUCCAGACACUGAGAUCUGCAAAGAGCGAUACUGCAGUAUCUGCUUUACUCCUGUUAAAUGUGGGCUGUAUCCAGUGCUAUCUGUCGAUUAAUAAAACAGCUUCCAUUAGGAGAACAAUUGCCUUCCCCUGCCCCCCCCCCCCAGCCCAACCCGUGCCUCCAGUUCAUUUGUGUGUUGACAAAACUUGAGAGUGUGUAGGGACAAUAUAAGGGAGAGAAUAAGUCCAUUGAAAUGAACUGUGAGAAAUAGUACUAACAGAUAUACAUCUUUAAAAGCUAACAUUUUAAUUGUCAGUAGAGUAAAAAUCUAAAACACGCAAUAUAGCUAGAAAAAAUGUUCUGCCUCCUGUAUUUAUACCCAGACAUUCCCAUUUUAACAAUAUGGUAGAAUGUAAUUUUAAAGACAAUAAAUCACGCACACGCGCACACACACACACACAAUAUCUUGCAAAAGCAUACUAAUUAGAAACUUGAGUCAGGAUGUAUAUUCAUGAUCAACAAAAAUGUUCAGAAUUGUGGGAUCCAGGCUAAGCUGGUUUGAUACAGUUCCCACUGAAAUUAAUGUGGUUUUGAGUUGGACUCAAGUUCUGCUAAUUUCAUAUGGAUCAAAUCUAUUUGUUUCUUUAUAGGAGGUAAAAGAUUAAAAUUUAAAUAACCCCAUCAGUAACAGAUCACUGUAGCAAACUGCUUCUGAAAUUCUCUGGUAUGUCAGUAGUUUGCUCUAUUAUUUGGGGUGGGUUAUAUCCCAAAGAAACAGAAGUCUGGACUCACUGUAUGAUGCUCACACAUUGGUUCUCUGGUUUGUGGAAAGACUUUUCAAUCCACAUGAACUGUAAGUGCAAUAGGGGUGGGUAAAAUUCUAAAAAAAUUCAGGCUUUGAAAUAUAUGAAUCUAUUAUGUUUCCUUACCUUUGUGUAGCAGAUGUUGUAAGUGGGCAGUAAUUUGAAAAGUUGCUGUAGUAUAUUACAAUGCAGCUUGUGUUAACAGGGUUGUGAUUCUUUUGAAAACAGAACACUAUGAAAUAACACUGCUUACCAUCCAUCUUUCUGGAUAUUCAGAAGCAAGUCUAUAAUUUGUACCCAAUAAAGAGGAAAAUCUAAGUUGCUAAGUUUUUAAAAGAUCAUUAAGUACAACUUGGUCUUAAGCUAAAAAAUGAUGGUAAUUGGAUCAAAAUCCCUUGAAAUUAGAAUGCAUUUAACAGUUGUCAACUUGGAAUCUGAUGGAUGAGCAAACUGGGAUUGUAGCACUAUAGGGAGGUUAGUUUCUAUUGCAUCCCCUAUAAAUAUUUUUGAAAGUAAUUUAUCAAAUGCAUGCACAGUAUCAGUGGUGCCAAUAAACUGGUGUAUCAGUGUUUGAGAAUAAGAGGAGCAAUUACGUUUAUAAGCUGGAAUACAAAGAAAUAGUUGAAUGUGAAGGCCAUAUGUGGUCCCAACAAAAAUUGUACCUAUCUGUGAACAAUUUACCUCUUUCCCAGUGUGGUAUCUCAACUCUUCUUGAAACUCCCCUUAAUUUAAUAAACAGUCUGCCAUAGCAUGAACAAGACUGAUGGUGGGGUGGAGCAGACCAAGUCUAAAGUUGCUUACACCUAGCUAUGUGGUUCUGUGGGUAAGAUUUUUAAAAUUUUUGCUGGUGUACUAAAAUAAAUACUUUCUUGAAAAUAUGUUGAAAACCAUGUUUCUUGGCAGAACAGAAUAAAACUACACAAUACAUAAUUAAAAUGCAUAUACUUUUGCAAUAUAUCAUAUUUCAAAAUUUAAACACUCUAGCAAAUGCCAUGUCUUUGUGAGAGUAAUGACAGAGAUCCUGAACAAGAUCAGAUUUUGCUCUGCAUUGAACCUCUUUUUAAAAGGGUUUGACAACUGAUUCUCCUGUUACUGAAAUAGGCAACAUGUGGUCCUCCAGAUAUUUUUAAAUUACAAUUCCCAUCAUUCCUAGCCAGCACAGCCAGAUGGGAGUUGAGAACCCUCAGUUGCCAACCCCCAUCAUACUAGAAGUAUUGCUUCUUGGCCAUUUAGCUAGGAUCAAUGUUAGCACUAGCUCCCCUUGCAAUUUGUGGGUGGACAUGUUAAAGGAAAUAUGUUGAGCAGUGUGAGAACAAUAUAAGUCAUCAGAGAAAAGGUUUCAAGAGCUUCAGAAAAACAAAACACUUAGAAAUACAGAAGUGGUACCUAAAUUAGAUUUGCUGGAUGACCCUCAACUAUUGACAACUGAAAAAUAUUUUUUUCACAGCUUUAGGUACUUCAGAUUGGAAUGAGGCAACAGUGGGGAGAUAACCUACCUCCUGCUUAUCAGUCUGACUCCCUUGGUGGGAUUAGGGAGGAAAUUUAACACAGAGCCUUCAUUUAUUCACUCCUGUUUGGGGACAAGGCUGUGAAGUUACUGAUAAGUCAUUUGUAGUUGCAUUGGAAGCAGAAACCUUCUCAUCCUAUGUGUGUACUUUUGUCCAAAGUAGCCUUUGUUCAGAAAAAAAACUACGUUAUGUGCAUUAAUUUAAAACUGCCUUGUUACUACCCUUCCCUAGAAGUGUGGCUGGAGGACUUUAGGUGUCACUCUAGCUCUACAGGCAAAGUUUACUUGGUAAAACGAGUGCCCAUAGAACUAAUGGAUGAAGAGGAGCUUCAUGCACACACACUCAGGUGCAAGGAAAAGUGCACUGCUCUCUAAGUGUAGUUGUGUAUAAUAAGAUGAAGUAUAAGCAACAGGUAGUUUUCAGUGCUGGACUGCAGAGUGAGAGGAUAGUGUACAACCUUCUAUAGGGCAUGUCAUUGAGGUGAAUCAUAGGUAUUUACUUAAUGAUAAUAUUUAUAGGUUGUUUUUCCUAAAACACCCUUGGCAUAUACCUUGGUUCAUGUCAACUUAUAGAAUGGUAUGGACCUAAAACUGUUCGAGAAAAUAUAUCUGAAAGUGAAAAUGAGCAGUUUUUAUAUGUUGGCUGGUGGAGGAAAUGACUUUAGCAUUAUUUUUUUUUUACUAGCCCUGCCUGCACUUUGCUUCUGUGCCUAUGUAAUGCUUAUUCAAUCUGUACAUUUGUAAAUAAACAGAUUAUUACAAAGAUA